UUGUUGUUGUUGUCGUCGUUGUUGUUGUCUCCUGCCCUUGCGAGCUUUUGCAUCUUGUCACCGUGCGAACCCGGGCCUUUUGUGUCGUUCUUUCCAGACAGGGGGAUCCUCAUGACUUACGGCAGCGGCAGCAGCGGCUGCCUUGGCCACGGCAGCUACAGCGACGUCGCACAGCCCAAGAUUGUGGAAGCGCUGCUGGGCUACGAGAUUACCCAGAUGUCCUGCGGGAUGUCGCACGUCCUGGCGGUGAGCAAUGAGCAAGAGGUGUUUGCCUGGGGCAGAGGAGACAACGGGCGCCUCGGGUUGGGCAAUCAGGAGCUCCACCUGUGCCCACAGCCGGUGGCCGUCCCUCCGCCCUACGAGCCGUGCACCGCGCACUGCGGCAUCGACUGCUCCAACGUCACCUUCAGUGGCAGGCUCCUGGCCUGCGGCAGCAACCGAUACGAGCUGGGUUCAAAGUCUCAUUUCUCUACCACUGGAAUCGAACCCACGGCUCCUGCAUUCCAGGCGAGGUACAACAAACUGGGCCUGGAUAAGAUCUCGCACGACGGCGACGACGCCGCGUGCCCCGCGGAGCAGACGGAGGAGUCGCUGGUGCUCUCGCCGGUGCAGUCCAGCCCGCUGGACGGUGCCCGGGUGGUCCACGUGGCGCUGGGCACCGCUCACUCUGCCGCCGUCACAGACACGGGCACGUGCUACACGUUUGGAAGCAACCAGCACGGGCAGCUUGGCGGGGGAGCUCGCACGAGCAGCCGGGCGCCGCAGCCGGUGGACGGGCUCGGCGGGGUGAAGGUGGUGCAGGUCACGUGCGGCGACGCCUUCACCGUGGCCGUCGCCGAAGACUGGGCCCACCGCUGUAGGAAUGGGGAAUUUCCACCACCGGCAAUGGAGAUGAGCACUCAAGCAAUGCUCCCUUGUCUCGCUGAAACAUCCCCCGCUCGAGGGCAAGUGUUCACGUGGGGGAAGGCCGCGCGGGGGAGGCUGGGCCGGACCGACGGCGAGGCCUGCGUCCCUGGGCCCGUGCAGCUCCAAGAGACGUUCCCCUACGCGGUCACCUCCGUGUCCAGCCGGCACGGUAACACGCUGCUCUCCGUGCACUGCGCCUCACAGUGCCGAUGACAACGCCGCCGCUGCCGGCACGGCGUCGGCGUGACCGACGGUCCUGCGUCAACGCCCAAAUUCCUCGCGGCGGCGGCGCCGGUGGCUUGCCCAAGCCCCACUCACAAUGUUGAACAUUGUGAUGCCUCUGGAGCGACCAUCCACCCAUUGUUGAUGUUACUGGGUGAUUUUACUAAUUUUGACCUUUGUUUUUAACUGCCAAACUGCUUGCCUCAAUGUCACUAACAUUACCAAGUUUGGUUAUACCGAGAACUCCUCCUGGAAGGCCUCCCCAUUGAUGUUUGAGGGUUGUUUGACCAUACCUCCCCACACUGGUCAAUGUGGGUUAGUGAAGCGUGGGGCAGGACCACGUGGUGAGAUAUCCCUCGCCACGGAUAUCAGCCUGCGGCCAGGAAUCGAACUCCGCUCACCGAACUCAGCGUGCCGACCGCUGCACCGCCGCUCCUCCCCAGGUUGGGCUAGGAUGAUCAAAUGUGUGCUGGGAUAUAUGUCGCGGGAUGUGAUACAAAAUCACGAACAGUUCACUGUGCCACUGAACAAAACGUUCCGAUUUUUUAUUGUCAAUACAUUUGUAUUUAUA